GCCAGAUGCUGCCAGAGAGGAUGGGGAGGAGGGGCACCAUGGCAUGGUGGUGAUGCUGGCGUGGGGUGGGCUGCAUGGUGCUGCAAGUCUAAGCACCCCAAGCCCCUUGGUGUCUAGCUGUCUCCAAGGCUGCCACAGCUAACUGCAGCAUCGCUAAUGACAGCAGGCAGAGGUCCGGCAAAACAUGGCAUGCACGGAGCACUCUGCCAGACACUGGCAGUGCCGGGGUAACCAGCUGCAUGAGGGGCGCUCAGCUCAGGGUGAGGGCUAGGAUGGGCAGCCCCAGUGCAGAGCACCCCAACCUGUACCGUGCCGUGGGGCUGGAGGUGGAGCAGGCACUCCCCGUGGGACCACCGUGGUGGUGCCACUGCCCUGCCUGCACCCAACUUAAAUGCCAUGGCCAAGGCGGGCAUCUUCACUUCUCGUGCCUGUGCCCUUACGCAGGGGGCACCAUAAGGCAGGGGCCGGGGUCCCAGUGUGUGCAGCCACUGGUGCAGGGGCCCUGCUGGUGUGGGCAGCACAAGGCCCUUCCUUCUUCUGUGUGGUGUGUCAAGGGGUGUGCCAGGAUGUGCCAUUCCUGCCAGUUUCCCAGGGAACCAGCAUGUGCCAUGACACAGCCAAAAUCAGCAAAGGUGAGGGCAGCAGCAGCAGCGGGAGCCUGGCGCAGGCGCAGGGCUGCAGGCAGGCCAUGGUGCUGACGGCCACUCAGGGGGGUGCCAUGGGGCAGGGGCUCUGCGGGCACCCCAGGGUCUUGUCCCCACCAGCAUCCCCACCGCUACCCCAUCACCUCACUCUCUGAGUUGUUCCCUGCUGCCAGCAGGUCUCCCUGGCAACAGGUCCCCUUGUGCCACCACCACUCCCGAUGCUAUUUAUAGCCCUGCGCCGCUAAGCACCAUCAUGCUGGCACUGCUUGGCAAUGGGGGGAGGCUGGCAUGGCUGGGGCAUCCUGCAUGGCACAGCUGGCACAGCCACAGUGUCUCCAUGGGGCACAGAGCAUGGCUGGCAUGGCCACAGCAUCCCCAUGGGGCACAGGGCAUGUCUACAGUGGCCCUGUGGGGUGCAGGACAUGGCUGGCACAGCCACAGUGUCCCCGUGGGGCACAGAGCACAGCUGGCACAGCCACGAUUCCCCAUGGGGCACAGGGCACAGCCACAAUUCUCCAUGGGGCACAGGGUACCACUGGCAUAGCCGCAGCGUCCCCGUGGACCACACAGGUCAUGGCUGGCACAGCCACAGUUAUCCCCAUGGGCACAGGGCACAUCUACAGUGUCCCUGUGGAGUGCAGGUCAUGGCUGGCACAGCCACAGUGUCCCUGUGGGGCACAGGGCACCACUGGCACAGCCUGGCUGGCACAGCUGUGGUGUCCCUGUGGGGCACAAGGCACUGCUGGCAUGGCCACAGUGUCCCAAUGGGUUGCAGCAUGACUGGCACGGCAGCAGUGUACCCAUGGAGCGCAGGGCACGGCUGGCACAGACACAGAGUCCCCAUGGGGUGCAGAGUAUGGCUGGCACAGUCUCCGUGUCCCCAUGGGGCGCAGGGCACAGCUGGCACAGGCACGGUAUCACUGUGGGGCGCAGGGCAUGGCUGGCAUGACCACAGUGUCCCCACAGGGCACAGGGCAUGGCUGGCACAGCCACAGUCUCCACGGACCACGCAGGGCAUGGCUGGUACAAGGCACAGCUGGCACAGCUGGGGUGGCCAUGUCAGGGGAUCUUGUGGAUCAGCAGUUCCUGGGGUGGCCAGCGUGGGCACAGGGGGUCCCGCCGCCCCAGUGGAGCUGGCAGCCAGCGGUGUGGGGGGAGCACCGCCAGCCCCAGGGGCUGAGUGUGGCUGCUGCCCACGGGCAGAGCUUUAGCCAGGCACAGGGUGGGCUGGCAGAGCCGUGGGUUUCCUGUGGGGUGUCCCGGCCAGGGUGGGCACCCGGCGCACACUCGGGCUGUGUGCCAGGAGCCAUGUUUGCCAAAAUCAUGCUUGUGGUCAGGGCCUGCAGCCCCUGCCCUGCAAGAGGUGGGGAGGGCAGGGGGGGCACCAGCCAUGCAGGCGUUCGCCUGCCGCCACAGCGCGGCGCAGCCCUCGGUGCAGCCACGCUCCGGCCACCGGCAGCAGUGCAGCGGCCACCGGUGCCAUGCAUGGACCCCUGCGCUGCAGGCCAUGGGGCAGCGGUGACUGCCCUGGCAGCCCCCAGCCUCACAGCCCCCUGCCCCUGCCCACACUGUGUGCCGGCCAGUGCAGGCAGCUGCUGGCCAUGCUGUGCCAUGUGGAGCAUGUGGGGCAAACUGCGGCGCAGCGUGGCCGGGGAGGUUGGUGGUUGCAGCCACUGAGUAACAAUUUUCCAACAUACGGUUCACUCGCCAAAACAAAUGUAGAUUCAGGUCAGCCAGAAUCACUUGUCAGCCAAAAAUAAUUGGGAAAAAAUGCUAAAAAAGUCAAAAUACUUAUUUUGAGGAGUCUCUCAUUCUCAAACAAUGCUGAAUUUAGCCGCGUUUAUUUCCGUUAUUUUUCUAAUAAGAAUAAGUGUUUUCUUUUCAUUACGGGAGAAAGCCUGAAAUGUUUUCAGGCUGGAUCAGCCUUUUUCCCCCCAUCGCAGCUGACAACCACCAGCAAGCUGCAUGCCCAGCACCAAUUGUCACUUGCUGGUGGUGUCAGUGACAGAGUCCCCAAGGAUUGGGGAUGGGCCAUGCCACCCACAGCGCUUGCGGCUCCGUCACGGGGAGAGCCAUACCCUUUCCCUCCCUCCAGUGAGCUCCCUGUGCCAGCCGCGGUGCUGGCUGUGCCACAGUACAGCACUGGCUCUGCCCCCAAGGGAUUUGCUUCUUCGGUGGUGCCAGGGUCCUGGAGGGCUGGGGGACAGGAAGCCCUCCCCGGGAAGGGACCCCCAUGGCAUGGCCCCAGCCCUUGUCUCGCCACACUGCAGCCCUUUGGCACUGGCUGUUUCCUGCUUGCUGAGGUCCCCAGACCUGUAAUCAGUCAGCUCGGAGGCAUAUUUUUAGUGAGCGCAGCAGGCUGGCACCAUCCCCUUGGCCAGGCAUGGCCACUCCUCAUCCCUGGAUGGUGUCAGGGCUUCCCUUGCCAGGCACUGGGCACAACCCCGUGCCACCCAUGGCAGGGACACCCACUACCCAUGCCCCAGCAUGCCAGCGCUGUUGGCAUGGGCAGAGGCUGCCUGGCAGGGUCCCAGUAGCUCAGCUAGGGUCACCAGCCCUGCUGCAGUGGGGACAGGGACAGCGUGGUCCCCUCUAGCCUUCCCUCCUCUUCCUCACCCCCAACAGCCUCCGAGGGCCAUCACUGCCCCUCACCAGCCCCAGUGCUGCAGCUGGAACAGUAAUGUACAGCUCUGGGCACUGUCCCUUGCCCGUCUGUGCUGGGACACCCUCAGCCAGGCCCUGGUGUCAGCGGGUGAGCCCCUACCCUGUGCUAGCCUGGGGCAGGGAUGGGGCAGGGGACAGAGGUAGGAUGAAGAUGGAGAUGGGAUGAAGAUAAGAUGGAGAUGGAGAUGGGGCAGUGGAUGGAGAUGAGGAUGGGGAUGGA